AUGAUCACCCCUAAAACGUCAGUCUGUUUCCGAGGCCUGUCGCGCCAAUUAUUAUCGGCUCGCUUCAUCAGCACAGCACAAGCUCAGCAAUGCAAGCGGCCAAGAUACGCCAACUUCGAAAUAACUGAAUAUUUCAAUCGAAUUCACCUUUCUCCUACACAGCGAAUCUUCUCCGUCAGCAAACUUACAUCUGUUCAACAGCUAGCCUACCUUACCCUUCUCAAGAAGCACCAUCUUGUCAGCGUGCCUUAUGAGAAUCUUCAGGCUCAUUACUCCUGGCACAAAGGGCUCGGUGUUUCGCCGACGCGUCUCUAUGAGAAGAUUGUCCGCCACCGCCGCGGUGGUUGGUGCUUUGAAACGAACCAAUUGCUCAAUACGGUCCUCCUGUCGCUGGGAUUCGACGUUAUAUUGGCAGGUUCGCGAGUCUUUGAGCCCUGCAACGGCAGAUUCGGCGGACUUGUGCAUUGUGUUAAUAUUGUUAAGAUCGGUGGCGUACACUAUUUGCUCGAUGUGGGCUUUGGUGGAUACGGUCCACCCAAGCCUGUACCAUUGCUCGAGGGAACGGGAGGCAUUGAACCGAACGGUCUACAGCACAUAGGACCUCAAGCGGAGAUGCGAGUAGUGAAACAGGCGAUUGCACAGCAGGUCGAUCAGACUAGGCGGCUAUGGGUAUAUCAGUUCCGACAUGGCCCUGGUGAGGAGUGGCAGCCAAUGUGCUGUUUCAACUCGGACUUUGAGUUCCUGCCCGAGGAUAUCGAGAUCCUAAACACGCAUGGCAUGAGCCGCACAUGUUUCGCAUCACGUGAAUUGUUGCUUCAGCGAUUCACAACAUCAAAUGAGCCCCUAACUGCACCUGGGAGAACGAAUAUGAAAGAUGUCAUGGAUGGCGAGCUGGACGGCUCUAUUGUGCUAUAUCAGAAUAGGUUGAAAUGGCGGAGGGAAGGGAAUUUGAAACUGAGCCUUGAGUUCCGCACCGAAGCGGAACGUGUUGAGGCUAUUCGGUUAUAUUUUGGAAUUGUCCUUGACAAAGAGGAGUUGGAGGGAAUUAAGGGCACUGCAAGUGAGAUUAGGGGUUCUUGGUUUGGAACAGCUUUUGACGAUGAGACGAUUUAA